CGAAAUUUUCAAGAAAUGCCGGUGUCAAAAAAGCACACAAAUACGGAAAAAAUCUAUGAUGACUGCUUCAGAGCUGUAUCGGAAAUGCAUGGGAAGAAAUUACCAGACGAAAUUUUGUUGAAGACAAAAGGAAAGGAAGCGGACGAUUGUUUUAAUACGAUCAUCGAUGGCCUCAAACUAAACGUUUCAAGGGAAGUCUUCGAGAAAGACUUCGAAAAACUAGCUACUGAAAAGUGUAGAAAUGCAAAACUGAUGCCAGGUAUCGAUAGAAUAACGAGGCACUUGUACUACUACGGAAUACCAAUGGCAGUAGCCACUAGCAACAGCAAGCGAUGGUUCGAUCUACUGACAGAGAAGCAUAAACUGUACUUCACGCUUAUCCACCACGUGGUCACUAGCGCAGAUGACCCAGAAGUCAAGCACGGUAAACCGGCUCCGGACAUAUUUCUCGUGUGCGCCUCAAGAUUCAAGGAAAAACCUGAUCCUUCAAAGGUGCUCGUGUUCGAGGACUCGCACAACGGCCUGCAGGCAGCGCUAGCGGCGGGCAUGCAGUGCGCCAUGCUACCAGAGAAGAUUACGCCCCUGGAGAAGAGAGAAGGGGCCACGCAAGUACUACGUCACUUAUACAAGUUCGACCCAGAGGCCUACGGCUGGCCUCCUUUCAGGGACGUCCCAGCCGACGACAACAUCCCAGACUCGGACGAUGAGAACCCUGACACCUCCUGGCCUCCCGUUUGAUCGCCCUCAUCCGAAGUCUGGUCUCGACUUAUCUGCAUCUCUUAUUACAUAUUAUAUUAGUACAUAUAUAUAGUAUGUAGUGUGCACAAUAUAUCGACGGUGAAACCACCAGACUGCAUAUCUCGGUUUGCGACGUUGUAGACUUCCUGUCAUGCUGUAUCUUUUAAAUGGAAAACUACUUAACAUUAAUUCUUGAAAAAGUCCGUGCUUCUCCCACUCUAUACGAGGAAAACUCGGUAAAAAUUUCAAGCAAUAAUAUUGAUUGAUUUGUUCUUUUCCAAAAAAAUAAAAUGAGAAACAUCGCAAACAAGAUACAUGGUCUGGUAGUUUCACCGUCGAUAUAACACUUAUUAUAACGUUCUAACGUCACUCCUCUCUCUUAUACAUAUUAUACAUACAGGUAUAUGUAUUUAUUAUUACAUAUUAUAUAAGUAUACAUAUGUACUGAGUAUACCAUUUGAAAAAUAUUGUGACAGUUUGUGCUAAUAGGGUAUAAUUUUUAAAGAAACUAGCCCCAAACUUUACUGGAAAAAUUAUACCCUAUUUGUACAUGAUGUAAAAAUAAGAGAAUUUAUUGUAAAAGCCAGUACUUGAAAAAUGGUAGGUAUGAAAAAAAAUUGGUCAAAGAGGAGAUACCAUGUAGUAUUUGUUAGAAAAAAAAUACAAGAAAUUCAAUUCAAU